CGUUCAGGGAGUCUUUAAAACGCAUCAUGUCGGCUGCGACAUGAUGCAUCUGAACUCACACCAUGUCGUCGACAAACGAUCUGGCCAAGGCGUACCAGGGUGCUUCCACGUUCAAACUCUUGGAAGAGCCCGUUGACCGGGCGCGGCCUGUGCGCGUGAUAAUAAUCGGUGCAGGGCUCUCUGGAAUCGCUUUGACACACAAGAUCAUCAGGUCCUUGCAGAACGUCGAUCUCGUCAUUUACGAGAAGAAUUCGGAUGUUGGCGGCACUUGGCUGGAGAACCAGUAUCCUGGUGUUGCCUGCGAUGUACCAGCACUUUGCUAUCAAUUCUCGUUCGCACUCAGCACAGAAUUUUCGUCAUACUAUCCCCCUGGAGAAGAAACAUUACACUACCUUCAAGACGUCGCUACUCGCAUCGGUGUGCCAAAAUAUACCGAGUUUAACCGCAAGGUCGUCAACGCCUCCUGGUCCGAGUCCGAGGGAAAGUGGACCCUUGAAAUUGAGCGCACCGAUGAUGGAUCUCAUUUUCAGGACUCUGCUCAUCUCGUCAUAUCUGCCAUCGGUAUUCUGAACAGGUGGACAAUGCCGGACAUCCCCGGCAUCAAUGACUUUAGAGGAUCUCUUGUGCAUACCGCAAAUUGGACUCUUGGACAGGUCAACUCUUCAUGGGCGGACCGUCGAGUAGCUGUCAUUGGAUCUGGAUCUACUGCCAUUCAGGUCGUACCUGCCAUACAACCCCACGUAAAGCAGCUCGACAACUACGUUCGGGGCCAAACCUGGACAGCACACGUGGCGCUACCUCUACUCAAGAGAUACUCCGAUGGUCAUACAGGAAAUCAUGUUUUCACUGAAGAAGAGAAACAGCUCUUCCGUGAGGAUCCCGCCGUAUACCUCGAACUUGUCCGCCAAUGCGAAGACUUCCUGAAUGCUUCGCAUGCUUUGACUAUCGCCGGCAGCCAGAUGCAGCAGACAGUGCGGAAGAGGCUCACCGAGUAUAUGCAAGAGGCGCUGAAGGCCAACCCUCAUAUUGCCGAGGCGAUAAUCCCGGAUUUCCCGGUCGUUUGCCGCAGAUUAUCGCCAGGAUUUGGGUAUCUGGCGGCUUUGCAGGCGAAUAAUGUUGGAUUUGUCAAAGCGGGGAUUGCGCGCUUUACAACUGACGGAAUAGAGACGAAGGACGGCGAGCGGCGCCAGUACGAUGUGAUAGUCUGCGCGACAGGCUAUGACCCGACAUUUAUUCCAAGGUUCCCCGUCAUCGGACGCAAUGGGACGACUCUGAAGGACUACUGGCAAGAGUAUCCGCGUACAUACAUUAGCCUCUGUCAAGACCAGCAUCCCAACUGGUUCCAGAUGGUCGGCCCCAACUCCGCAAUGGCAUUAGGCUCCUUGGUCCCUGUCGUCGAGGCGCAAGCCGACUAUCUUGUUGCAUGCAUCAGCAAGAUACAGCGCCAGAGGAUCAAGACGAUGGUCGUGCGCAAGGAAGCGGUAGACGAUUUCCAGAGGCAUCUAGACUCGUACUUCCCGCGCACGGUCUUUGCUAGAAAGUGUCGUAGCUGGUACAAGCGCGGGGAUGCCGACGGGAAGGUCGUUGCGCUCUGGCCUGGGUCUAGUUUAAACGAGCUGCGUGUCCUAGGGCAGCCGCGAUGGGAAGACUUCGAGUACACCUUUGUGGAUGACAACGCUUCGCAUAACCGGUUCUAUUGGCUCGGCAACGGGUCGACGCAGGCUGAGGAAGAAGGAAAGCGUGGAUCACGAGCGUGGUACAUUCCCGACAAGCCCCAGAUGCUUGCGAAGCUAUAGCUUUUUCACUGCUGUAUUGCGUAGUCGUCUAACGUUAUUAAUUGCAUUUGUGUAUGUGGGCAGUGUUGUCAUUGAC